AUUUUCUCGGUGAAAAUUUAGCAUAUAGCGGGGUUUUUCCUAUUUUCUACACUUUUUUAAUAAAUUAUGAAUAGUUGUAAGACACCGGUACCUGUCGAUGAUAGUGAUGGCGACUGUCGGUGGCUGAGUAUACACAAACGUUUUCUUUCUGAAACAAGGGAAAAAGAUGCAGACGUUAUUUUUAUAGGAGACUCAAUUAUUCAAGCUUUACAACAUACAGACAUUUGGAAUGAGUUAUUUGCUCCAUUACAUUGUCUAAACUUUGGGAUACACAGGGACAAAAUUGAAAAUGUUCUGUGGAGAAUAAAUAAUGGUGAACUUGAUCAUAUAAAGCCUAAAGUGAUUGUUUUACAUGUAGGUACUAAUAAUCAUAAAAACACACCAGAAGAAAUCAAGGAGGGUAUUAUGGAAAUUAUAAAUACAAUAAGGGAAAAACAUCCUGAUGUUUAUAUUGUUGUGCCUACUUUACUGCCUAGGGGACAGCACCCAAAUGAAAUAAGAAAUAAACUUUUGCAGACCAAUGAUAUUUUAAAAACAAACUUGGAAAACUUAAGAAAAGUAGAAUUAAUAUCUAUUGAUAAUGGAUUUAUACAGCCAGAUGGAACCAUAAGUCAUCACGACAUGCAUGAUUAUUUGUUACUCACUAAUGCUGGAAGUAAAAAAGCUUUUGAACCUGUUCAUGAGCUGUUAUUGCAACUAUUAAAUGAAGGGGAACCAGAAAAGGAUUUAACACCCUCUGAAUAAUGUUUACUUUUUACUCUUCACAUUUGUUUGUUUAUUUACCAAAGUUACUUAAUAUUUGUGAUGUGCUGGAUUGUCAAAGAGCAAUAUCAAUCUGCAAUUUAUAUACAGGGUUUAAAUAAAUAAGUACCUUAAACAGCACCUGGUGGUCAUUAAAGAAAAUUCUUAUAAAUUUUUAAAACAUUAAAUUGUCCACAAAAUAAUACUUUUCUUUGAUGACAUUACCACAUGUUCAAGUUAUAAUACUUAAAUCUUCAGGACACUACCUUGUAAUAAAUUAUAUAUUUUUAAUACCUAGUAGUAGGUAUUACCUACUAUUGGAUUGGAUACAAAUCAGGCAAAUAGGUGUUUUUAUAUUAAAAAAAGAUUAUACAGUGGAUA